AUUCCGUAUCCGGUUCCGGUCUUUAUAAUUCGACUAAACGUAGAUUGUAAAUCACCUACAAACAUUUGUAAUGGGAAAUGAUGGUGGGUCAAUACCCCAUCGCUCGGAAUUAGUGAAGACUAAACAAAAAGGAGAGCAGAAAGACAAAGCUUGCGCUAAAGCAGCUUUAUGGAAUAACUGCUCCCUAUCAGAACAAUUACUACAGGAACCUAUCGUGUCUGAUCAGCUUGGAAAAUUAUUCAAUAAGGAAUCAAUUUUGGAAUUUCUCCUCGAUAAAGAAAAGUAUGCGUCCACUAAUGUUGGACAUAUAAAAAAUAUGAAGGAUGUUGUUCAAUUGAAAUUUAGAAAGAACCCAGAACUUGAAGACCAUCCAACAGCACCCAAAUUUAUUUGUCCUAUGAGUGGUAUAGAAAUGGAUGGAACAUUUAGAUUUGUAUAUCUUCUAAACUGCGGUUGUGUUUUUGCUGAGAAAGCUAUUAAACAAUUAAAUAAGUUUGAAGCAUGUGUUGAGUGCGGCAAGUCAGCUACUCCUGCGGAUACAAUAGUACUCAAUUGUUCCGGUGAAGAGUUGGAAAAACAUAGAGAAAAAAUGGAGGAAAGAAAGAAAAAUAAGAAAAAGAAGAAGCACAAGAUUGAGGAAACAGUAACUUCUAAAGUGGAAACUAAAAAACCUAAAGUCGCUGAGAAAGUGAUAGAAAAGCAGAAACCUGAGAAGUCGGGUAGCAAACUGAAAAAAUCUAUACAAGAAGAUCCAGAAGCAUCAUCGGCUUACAAAUCCCUCUUUAACACGUGCGAAGCCGCUAAGAAACAAAAAAAGGCUCAUUGGGUUACCCAUAAUCCAAUGUACUAUUAA